AUGAAGCACUGGACUGCAGGGACUUCCUGCCUGCUUCUCCUGCAAAUCCAGCUCACACUCUCAUCACCAACCACAACGACAUCCUCAGUAGCACCAACAUCAGCAAGCCAACAGCCACUAUUGCCGCCGGGCUGGUUCACCUCAGACGACCUGCUCAUCAAGCUGCUCAAGUAUCAACAACCGUCUGCCCAGCCAGCGGACAACCAGCCACAGCUUCACCACCAAUGGUCUCGCAGACACAUCGCCGACGCCGAAUUCCGAAACAACAGCUUGUCUGCAGGCGCUACUAGCUUGGAACAUUCCCAUGACGAGCUCUUGAGGCUGGUCCCCGAGGUCCACAGCCUGAACCUAGCCCUCGUAUUGAUCCCUGCUUUCAUCGUCGGCUUCGGCUUCUUCUCGGCUUUCAUCAAGGAGAAACUAGACAUCGCAGAAUCGAUAAUCUCGGUGUUAUUUGGGAUCCUUCUCGGACCAUACGUCACUGGACUCUUCGAUCCGCGCUCGUGGAAUGAUGGCCGGAGUUUCAAUCAGCUGACGCUCGAACUAUCGCGGAUCGUCAUUGCACUGAGCGUCUUCGCCGUCGGGCUCGACCUGCCGCGAGCGUACAUGUUCCGUCACUGGCGAAGCUUGGCCUGGCUGAUCGGCCCAGCGAUGCUCUUCGGCUGGCUCAUCAGCGCCGCCUUGAUCUAUGCCCUCGUCCCCGCACUCACCUUCGUCCAAGCUCUCGUCAUCUCUGCCGCCGUCACCCCCACCGAUCCCGUCCUUGCCCCCUCCGUCGUCGGCAAGAGUAAAUCCGCCCAAAAACACGUACCCGCUCAUCUCAGAUAUCUCCUGCAGGCUGAGUCCGGCUGUAAUGAUGGAGCUGCUUUCCCUUUCCUCUAUCUGGCCAUCUUCCUUCUGAUCAGAGAGGAAACUUCGAUCGGAUCGGUUAUUGGCAAAUGGCUCCUACUGGUGGUUCUGUAUCAAGUCAUCCUAGGGACCUCGAUCGGGAUCGUCGUUGGAAUCCUGGCACGCAAGACGCUGAAGUUCUGCAAUCAGCGAUCACUGAUCGAUAAGGAAUCCAUGGUCGCCAUCCAUGUGGCCCUAGCGCUCUUGACCACCGGUGUAGCCGCCCUGGCCGGCUGCGACGACCUCUUGGCCGCAUUUGCUUGUGGCACAGCUUUCGCGUGGGACGACUGGUAUACGGAUUCCAUUGAGUCUUCCAACUUCGCAGCGAUCCUCGACGUGUUAAUCAACUGUACUACUUUCUUGUACAUUGGGGCGACAAUCCCAUUUUCCUCCUGGAACGAUCCGACAUUAGGCUUGGUGCCAUGGAAACUCGCUGUGCUCGGGCUCUCGAUCAUGCUCCUCAGGAGAUUGCCCAUCCUGAUCAUGCUGCAAAGAGUCGUACCAGACUUGAAAACUCAUCGUGAAGCUGUUUUCUCCGGCCACUUCGGGCCGAUUGGCGUUGGUGCGAUUUUCGUCAGCAGUGUAGCAACAUCGAAGCUUCCCACACCCCAGAUCCCACCCCAAACCAGCCUCGAUAUCCUUGCCUUGACGGCCCAAUCGCUGAUCUAUCUCCUUGUCUUGUUUUCGGUGACCAUCCACGGCCUGUCAAUUCCACUCUUUGUGCUUGCCAGAAAAUUGCGCUCGAGCGUACCGACGAUGACAAGAACUUUAGCUCAAGCUUCCGGUCAUGAACUCAGCUGGUCCCAUCGUCCCAAGCGUGCCACCAAAUCUCACCCCGAGAAUGACCCUGAGACGCCGAAAUCUGAACUGGAAGAUCUUGAUCAACCACUUCCUAUUGGACCUAGUCAAGACUUCACAACUCCAAAUGAGUCAAACCAACGAAAUAACUCGGAUAUACAAACCAUGCAUAUAGCUGGAGAUCAUGCUAAAGCGCGUGAGCUCUCGGCUUAUCAGCAGGGACAACCUCUUGAGGUCCUUCCAUCACUAUCAGCUUACAACAAUCCAGAAGCUCACAGCCGCCCUAUGCCUUCGAAGGCAGCCAGUUUUCUCCGCCUGGGAUCGCGGAUGAAGAAGCCAACAUCAGGGCGAACCGAUAAAGUUGCUCGGGGCUCAUCCGGUGAACCAGUCGCGUCUAGUCCACACACGAAAACCGACUGGACGCGGAAGUCCACACUGACUAAUCUCGGCGUACCGCUUGAUUCAAGUAUUGAGGCGGGGUCGUCGUCAGCGGCCACUAGUGCGAUUACCGUGGGCAGGACGCGCCCUAGCGAAGAAUCUGGGAAAUUGUAA